AUUUCUGUAUUUUAUACUGGUCGACAGUACGGUUGCUGCGGACGGAAACGUCAAUAAACUGUUUAAAUAUAAAUGUCAAUUUGUACAGAUGUUGAAAGGAGUAAAUAAGAAAAUUACAAUUUUGGAUGGCUCCUUUGGCUUCCAAUUGGAUAAAUAUGUAUCAAAAUCUCUCGAUGGGGAUCCUUUAUGGAGCGCUAGAUCUUUGGCAAGUGAACCAGAGGCUGUUAUUAAAGUGCAUUUAGACUAUAUAAAAGCUGGGUGUGAUAUAAUAGAAACCAAUACUUACCAAGCUAGUAUUCCUGGUUUUAUAAAGUAUUUAAACUACACUAAAGAGGAAGGUUAUGAACUUAUUAAAAAAGCCGUUUCGCUGGCCAAAACAGCCAUCGAAAGGGCACGAAAGGAGGGAAUAAUAUCAGGUGACACAAGACCUUUAAUUGCUGGGUCUGUGGGGCCGUAUGGUGCGCAUUUGCAUGAUGGAUCUGAAUAUAAUGGUUAUUAUACUGAUAAAACAACAAUUGAAGUUUUACAAAACUAUCAUAAACCAAGAAUUUCAGCUUUAAUUGAAGGUGGUGUAGAUCUGUUGGCUAUCGAAACAAUUCCCAGUAAGAAAGAGGCAGAGGUCAUAGUGAAUAUUAUCAAAGAUUACCCAGAUAUUAAGGCUUGGCUUUCUUUUAGCUGCCGGACUGAUGGUGUUUCCACUGCUCAUGGAGAUAAUUUUAAAGAUACUGUAACUUCUUGCUACAAAUUAAAUCCAGAUCAAAUAAUAGCUGUGGGGGUGAAUUGUAUAGCACCACACGCAGUGGAGCCUCUUAUAAAAGAAGUUACAGAUAUUCCUUUGAUAGUUUAUGCCAACAGUGGAGAAAAGUAUGAUUCAGCUUUGGGAUGGGAUAAUAACGAUGAGAAACUAGAAGAAUAUAUUCCUACUUGGUUAAAUUUGGGAGUCAAAUACAUCGGUGGGUGUUGUCGCGUCUGUGAUAAUAAUAUAAGUAAAAUUGUUGAAGAAGUUCGGAAAUGGGAAGCCACACAUUCUGAGUAAAUCACUUUAUUUUACUAUAAAUGCAUUUAAAAAAUCUCAGACCACGAAUUAACUAACGGGGUUUAUAAAAAUUUGUUGUUAUAAUAAAUUUUUGACUAUGGUAAUAUA